AAAUUCGAACUUCAGGCUCCCUCCUCCUCCUCCUCCUCCUCCUGUCUUUCUGCUUCUGUGUUGUGAAGUUUGCAUUCGGUCUGUGAGGGAACUAGAUAAAGAGAGGGGUCAGAAUCGAUCAUGUGAUGGUAGAUAAUAACAUGUUUCUCACGUAGGUUCAUUGUUCAGCUUCAGUGACGGAUUGAGAGACAUGGACAUGAGCUGCAGUGACUGGAUGUCAGCGCUUCCCGAGGAGCUGUGGGAUAUUCCUCUGACUAACCUGGCCAUACCUGGUACACUCAAUAUUUUUCUUGAGCUAUUAGCCUAAACAUUAAAAAAAGACAGUCAUUCGCUGUGAUCAUUUGAACUUUGUGGUUUUAGCCUGAAGAAGGUGAAUAAUUUAAGGAAAGUUGUUGUAUGUCUUAGUUUUAAACUGUUUUCUUACCCUCUUAGUACAUUUUAGUUUUAUUUCCUAUCUCUCGAUUACAUAAAUGCAACACAAACUUAAUCGAUUCAGGUUUGUUUAUGAGAUUAAGCUAGAAAAUAUGAUGCAUUACAAUUCAAUCAAUUAUUAAACUUUUACAUCUUCCUUAAGUCUGAAAAGUUUUGUACAUGUAUGAAAAAAGAGACUUUUUUGAGUCAUUUGCUGGUCAAAAGACAGUCUUAAUAGCCUACUUCAAUUGUUUGCUCAAAUGAAAUGAUCAUAUGUCACACAGCCUUUCUCCUUCUGCCUUUUCAGUCAGUUAAGAAGAAUUUAUCAAGGAUGUCAAACUAAGAUGAAAUUAUAGACCUGGACUACAUUACUGGACAUACACAGUCAUUAAGAUCAUGAAAAGCAAGAUUUAUUUGAAGGAAUAGAAACACAAUUCUCUAACUACAGUUUAAUUACAUAUAAGUCUUUAAGUAGUAAAAGUAUAGACCCCCAAAUCCCCAAAAAGUUGGGAUUCUGUGUAAAAUAUUGUUUAAAAAGAGUUGAAGUGUAUGCAGAUUUUUUAAAAGCCUGAAUUUAAUUGGAAAAUCUGCCAAGACAACAUAUAAAAUGUUGAAUAACAAUAAUAAAAAAAACAAAUGUUAUAUUUGAUGCCAGUGAUAUUUUUUGUUAAGUUGGGAUAAGGACAAUAAAAUACAGAAAAAAGUAUUGUAAUGCUUAAUAAAAUAUUUCUAUUAUUAUGAACAAUACACAAAGAGUCCUAAGUCUUGGAGCUGUAGACACUUUUACAGUUGUGAGUCAGUAUAAAAUUAGAUGUGUCUUAAUUUGUAGGUAGCCACGAUGCCAUGAGUUACUGUCUGGACAUAAACUCACCUCUGGUCCCAUCUGAGUCAGACUUUUUCAGACUCCUGGAUAGACUCUUUUACUGCUUCACCAGACCUGCCAUCUUUAAAUGGGCAACAACACAGGUAAGCCAGAUGAGAAAAAAAAAAAUUCACUCAGUUCUUUGCAUGGUUUUCUCAGAUUGUCAGAAGGUAGAGGUGAAAUACCUGGUACAUCUAUAUGCUGCAGUUCCCGAUUUAACAUGAGACAUGUGUGAUCAGGUUGUAUCUAGCAUUGCCUUCACUUUUUAGAGUUAAUAAGGGGUGUUAUUAAGUUUUACCAAUCAGAGUCAAGUAUUCAGCACAGCUUCAUAAUUGAUAAAAAGCUGGCAGAUGUUUUGUCACACACCUCUUUAGAGUGUUUCAUUGGUACAAGUAUCUUCAGCAAGGUUUUAUGAAUCCUUUAAGGACAAAAGCAUUGAUGAGCAGCUGACGAUGGGGAUCAGGUUCUUCGAUCUUCGUAUUGCACACAAACCCAAUGACUCCUCAAAGGACCUGUACUUCACACAUGUCCUUUACACACACCUCACAGUUCUGGUAAGUGCAACACUUUAAAACAAGUCUUAAUGUGGGAUACUACAGUAGAUUCAUGAUCAUUUUCUUCUUUGCAGGAAACUCUGUCGUCUGUGGCCACUUGGCUGGACUCCCACCCGAAGGAGAUCAUCAUCCUCGCCUGCAGCCACUUUGAAGGAAUUGACGAUAGUCUUCAUCAUUCAUUCAUUUUCUCCUUAAAGAAGCUUUUUGGCUCAAAGCUUUGCCCCAAAACAGUGAGUUUUCUACCUGUGCACCUGAUAUACAGUAUAAUAAACAGCCAAGUGCUUCACACACCCUGACCUGUCCUCCACAGGAGUCUGCCCCAACCCUGAGGAGUCUGUGGGCGUCUGGCUACCAGGUCAUCCUGUCCUAUGAGUCCCAGAUUGCAGCCAGACAUAAGGAGCUGUGGCCUGCUAUCCCGUACUGGUGGGCCAACAAGCGCACAGCUCAGGGAGUGAUAAAUUACCUGGACUGGAACAAAGAGCUGGGGCGUCCAGGUCAGUUUUAUUCACAAUUUGGCCCAACUAUGAUCCAGCUUCCCGGUUAUCCUCUAAGCUUUGUCAUUUUUUUCCUCCAGAGGGUUUCUUUGUCUCUGGCUUGAACCUGACCGCCGACAGAUUUUUCAUCACAGAGAACCCGAAACAGUCCCUGAGGACGCUGACUUUCAGUAACUGGGACUGUCUGAAGACAUGGCUGGAAGAGCAGACACCUGGGCCAGACCCAGGGAGCUUGAACAUAAUCGCAGGAGACUUUGUGGGUCCACUUCCCCUCUGCUCCCUGGUCAUUAAACUGAACCAAAAACUUCUACAGAGGAAAGUUUUUAGAUGAGAAAAAUACAUGAUUAUUUCUGUUAUGAUACCAAUGGGAACCCAGAAUAUCCACUAUAUACCUCAUUUUUUAUAUCUGUCAACUUUUAUUAUACACUGUGUUACAAGAGUGGGCGUAGCCUGAAAAGUGAAACCAGUGAAGAAAUGUCUUUAACUUGCAGUCUUUGUAAUGGCCAGUAGAUGGUGACUCCACUGGCUUAAGGGAAAAUGGGAGGUUUGUUUUUUACUGUUUAUAGCGAAUAGUGAGUCUGAUUCAAGACAGAUUAAUGUUCAUUCCAUUAUGAUUUAACACCUGAUAAAACUGGACUUGUAUUGGAGAGGUGCUACUUUCUGCUUGACAAGUUGUCACCAAAUGGUGGCCUGAAGAAGAUCCUGCUCAGCAUUAGAUUGGGGCGUAAGACAAUCAGAUUGUUAUGGCUGUAAGUUGUCUGUGCCACCCCCUUACUUUUGUCCUCCCUAGCUAGCAGAGAAGACGGGGAACUGAGAUAAAACAUAAUGAGCACUGAAAUGAGAGUAAUUAAACUUUGAAUAACCUUGGG